AGGGUCAAAUCACCGCGGCUAGCGCCUGGCGCUAAGAUAGAGUUUGACCAUCGGCAGCAGCUACAACCUCGUUCCGCCGUCCCCUCGGCGUUGACGGGGGCUGCGCACGAAGCACGCGCCCCCCGCGACUCGCUCGCUGUCUCUUCCACGCACGUUUACCACGCAUCGCACGCAGAGAGAGAUGGCCAUACAAAUACGCUCCUUCGCAGGCUCAAUCCAUCACCUCGCAGCACGAUACCCAGACGUGCGAAUCCAAUUACGGAGUACUACCAUCGCCCAUUCUCCCGGACAUUUUCUUCUGCGAGAAGAAGGAGAAACCGAUCGAUAUGGAUGCCAACGUGGCGAAGCAGCUCCGGCGGCUCCGGACGCUCGGCCGCGGCGCGUCCGGCGCCGUCGUCUGGCUCGCCUCCGACGACGCGUCCGGCGAGCUGCUGGCGGUCAAGUCGGGCUCGGCGGCCCGGCUGCAGCGCGAGGGCCGCGUCCUGGCCGGGCUCUGCUCCCCGCACAUCGUCCCGUGCCUCGGCUCCCGCGCCGCGCCGGGCGGCGAGUACCAGCUUUUCCUCGAGUUCGCGCCGCGGGGCUCGCUCGCGGACGAGGCCGCCAGGAGCACCGGGGGCCGCCUCGCGGAGCGCGCCAUCCAGGGGUACGCGGCGGACGUGGCGAGGGGCCUAGCCUACCUCCACGGGAACUCCCUGGUCCACGGGGACGUCAAGGCGAGGAACGUCAUGGUCGGCGCCGACGGGCGAGCCAAGCUCGCGGACUUCGGCUGCGCGAGGUCGACGACGGCAACGGACUCCGGUCGCCCGAUCGGCGGCACCCCGGCGUUCAUGGCGCCCGAGGUGGCGCGCGGGGAGGAGCAAGGGCCCGCGGCCGAUGUCUGGGCGCUGGGAUGCACCGUCGUCGAGAUGGCCACCGGCCGCGCCCCGUGGAGCGACAUGGACGACGUCUUCGCGGCGGUCCACCGGAUCGGGUACACGGACGCCGUGCCUGAGCUUCCCGGGUGGCUGUCGCCGGAUGCCAAGGACUUCUUGGGCAAGUGCCUGGCGAGAAACCCUCGCCACCGGCCCACCGCCGCGCAGCUGCUGGAGCACCCGUUCCUUGUGUCCGCCUGCCGCGACGUCGUCGAAGCAGAGCCGGCGAAGCAGGACUGGGUGUCACCCAAGAGUACACUCAACGCGGAAUUCUGGGAGUCGGACGAGGAAGAUGAAACAGAGGAUAUGCUGAGAAGCGCGACCGAAAGGAUCGGCUCAUUGGCCAGCCCUUGCGCGGCCUUGCCAGACUGGGAUUUCGAGGAUGGCUGGAUCGAGGUGCACAGCGAACGCUCUGAAGCUUCUACAGCAACAACGACGGCCACGGUGAUAGCCGGCGCAGAUUUCGGUCCUUGGAGUGAAGCAUUGGAAGCGGAGGUUGAUGUCCAGUCAGUUGAUGUGGACGCUGUGCCAACUGUACAAGGAGCACUUGAUUUCGUUGAGUACGAUAGAUAUCUGGGUGUCCUUGUGGCUAGGGGCAAACAAUUGUGCCUCCUACCUUGUCACAGAAGGCAAUUUGUAAAUUUCGUCAGUCAUUGUGAUGGACAAAGAACAAUAAAAUUUGAUUUUGCACAAAUUUUGUCCUUUCCUGAACUUCCUUUCGCAUGCUGUUUACAUUUCAACACCCAUUCUUUUUUUGCAGGUAAAAAACCUUAUAUUAAUCAUUUGGACAAUUACAAUCACGACGCAGGGCGUCAGCUAAGAAAUCAGGUUUUUGACCCAGCCAGCAAACAGAGCGGCUUUGAAUUCUAGCAAAAUUAGCUAAGCAGUCACUAACACAAUUUUGGUCCCUCGAGCAUUUUUGGAAUUUGACGCCCGGCCGUUGGCGGCUAAGCUGUUGAGCAGACUUGAUUCGAUUCCUAUGCAA